AUGACUCCUGCCCUCUCAGUCCUGCUGUGCCUCGAUGGACUCCCCAAACCCUCCCUCAGGGCAGAGAAUGGCUCUAUGGUGCCCCAUGGGGGAGCUGUGACCCUCAGGUGGUCAGAGCGCAGUGACCCCCUGGAGCUGGUGGUGACAGAAGAGGGGAGGAACCAGCAUGUCUAUGACACCUUCAAAGUGCUAAACACAUUAUCCUUGUUGUCUCAUUGGAUCUUCACAACAGCUCUGCCAGGCCUCUAUGCCCCGCCCUCCCUGGCAGCCGAGCCCAGGUCUGAGGUGGCCCCAGGACAGAACGUGACCCUGCAGUGUCGGUCAGAGCAAUGGUAUGACUGGUGUGUCCUGUGCAAGGAGGGAGAAGAGAUCAGCUGCGGCAGGACCUGGAGCCAUGGAUGGGGGCGUCAGGCUGACUUCCUCUUCCCUGCUGUGACUCAGACCCAGGAAGGCACUUACCGAUGCUUCGGCUUUUAUAGUUCUUCCCCCUCUCAGUGGUCCUCCCCCAGCGCCCCCCUGCUGCUCCGGGUCUCCGGCACCUCAAAGGAUCCUCACCUCCCCCAAAGCUCUGUGACUCCCCCAACCAUGACGUCCCCCCCACGCAGUCUCUCCUGCCUCCAAGUAGGCAUCCUGGUGGGCAUCUCAGCCUUCCUCAUCCUGACCUUCCUCCUCCUCUCCCUCCUUUGCCUUCACUGCCAUUGUUAUCGGCCCAGACUGGGGAAAGGGGACAAAGACACAGACAUCAAGACCACCAGGAGAUCAGAACAAGCAGGAACCACCCUAGAGGAGACUAUGUAUGCUGCUGUGAAUCAUGACAGACAGACAGAGGAGGCCAGACAAGAGGAAAAGGCUGCUCUCCAAAGAGAAGCCGCUCAGGAAGUGACCUACGCCCAGCUGGACCACAGGAGCCUCAAGUGUGGGGCUGAGCCCCCUCCCCAGUCUGGCCCAGUGGAGCCCAGUGUCUAUGCUGUCCUCCAGUGAGCUUCGCCCAAGCCCAGGGGACCAGAGGAAGAAGCUGCUCUUUCAUCCGUUCUCCCUCUGCUUCCUGAGGGCAGACCCUGUCCUACCUCAUCCCCAAGACACCCUGCCAUUAGGACCUCGGCUUGUCACCCCAAGAGGAAAAGCAGAAAAGAGAAAAAGCCUAAACUCUGGGGAACAGCCAUCCAGUCAUAGUUCAGUAAUGAGGGAUCAGGAGGAUGUUAGAGAUGAAUGCAGAAGCUGAUGCCGGUGAGCCAGGCGUUCAUGGACCAGACGUAGCUGGGGAUAUUAUUAGUCAUUCACACAAUUGACUAAUCCUGGAUUCUUCUAUCAGAGAAACUAAAUUGGGGUCAAAAAUUAUGGGGCUACAAAUUGUUCAAAGAGCUGCAGCUGCAGCCUGGAACCUGGCAGGGAGGCUGCAAAGAUCUUUGGGGUCUGAAAGGCUCCCCUUUACCCUCUGAGUGAGUUCUGGGCAGGGUUCCAGAAGAGAGAAGUUUAACAAGUCAGGAAGGACUUUCAAAUGAGCCUCCUCCUUCCCACCCAGCUUUACUGUCUGUUUCUUUAUCUCUGUAAUUGGAUUGUUUCUUCUGUUAAACCUUUGGGGGCUUCCUUGGUCUGGAGGACACCCUGAAACCCCCAAUGAUGUGUUAACCUAUAAUAAACAGGUCAGGGACAAGCUGAUCUCGGCCACUCUUGUCUCCCUGCCUGACUCCACACUAGAUCUUUCUCUGGCUCUCUUGUCUCUCAUUCCCUCUAUGGAGCUCCAUUUCUUGACUUAAGCCCAUUUCCCCAGUCCAUUUCCCAGUCCUUGGCUUCCCUUCUAGGGUAUUAGAAUCCACAAGGAUCUUUGAGGGGGCUGGAACUUUUCACUGUGGGAUGCUGGCAAAGAAAGGACUUUCCUCUGCAUAGAACGUGUCCCCUGGAAUGCUGGGUCCCCCAACAUCCACUGAGGGGCCCAAGGCCCAACGAUGAUUACAAAUUGGGAAUUUUCUGGGUCCUCCCCACAAUAGAUCUGCCAUUACACUGUAGAGGGGGAAUGUGCUGUAUAAGAGGGGGCAGAGCCUACUUACCUCUAGAGGGGAGGGGGAGGCUGGCCCUCACGGGAGGAGGGGGAUUGUCUGGGCCCCCCAGACCACCAAGUACCUGCACAGCAUAAAGGUCCCAGAACUUACACUCAAAUGCUGUAGCCUCAGACGAGUGGGCAAGCUCUGCUAAAUCCAGGACCGUUUCUGGCAGCCCCUGCUCUGCUUGCCUUGGCCCAGGUUCCCUCCUCACAGGCUGGGGUUACAUCCAAAUGCAGCAUCCCCCAAAUCUAUACACAGUGUGGCCCAUCAAUUAGUCUUUUCAUAGACUUUCAGAGUGACCUAAAGAGGCCUGGAACUGGAGACCAAGGACCGGGAUUUGAAUCUGGCUCUUCUGUUUCCUUAGCUAUGUGCCUUGACAAGUCAGUUUCCUUGUGUGGAUAUCAGUUUCCUCCUCUGAAGAAUAAAUACCAAUUAGUCUGGCACCCCAUUACUAAAGAUCCUGGGAUGUUCUUGGCCACAGAGCUCUAGCCAGCAGCCUUGGUGGGACAAGCUAGCAGGGAAGACCACAGCUCAGAUGCCCCUUCCAGAAGUUCAUCUAUUUUAGGUAUUUAGGGAAGAUUCUCCCUUCACCCAUCCCAGACCCCAAUACCUCUAGGACUGUCCCUUCUCCUCUUCUCCCUCUUGCCUAAAGGGAAAACCAGAUUUCAAUAUCUCAUGAAUACACUCACCUGUAAUGAAAAGUUGACUCCUGGCUGAAAUUGAUUCCUUUAUCUAUUUAUUCUACACGUUGAUACAAUUUUAAUAUUCAUUUUCUGAUAUUUUGCAAACCAUGUUUUCUCCCACUUCCCCAAGAUGGCAAGUAGGAUGGCAUGUGCUGAACAUGAGUAAACAUCCAAUACAUAGUUCCAUGCUCAUUAUGUUGUGAAAGAAGACCUAUUGCCUACAUGAGAAAAAAAACUUCUGGAAGGAGUAAAGUCUAGAGUGGCAUGCUUCAAUCUGCAUUCAGAUUCUGUCACUUCCUUGUAUGCUGAUGGAGAGACUUUUCCAUGAUGAGUCUCCUGGAGCCGUCCUGGAUUCUAGCCUUGUUGAUAAUAGUUAAGUCAUUCUCAGUUGAUCAUCCACCAUUAUUGCUGUUAUUGUAUUCGAUAGUCUCCUGGUCCUGCUCGAUUCACUUUGCAUCACUUCAUCUACAUCUUUCCAGGCUUUUUAGGGAUCAUCAUGUUCUUCAUUUCUAAUGGCUCAAUAGUGUUCCAUUACAAUCACACACCACAACUCAUUCAGCCAUUCCCCAGUUGACAGACAACUCUUCAGUUCCCAGGUAUUUUCCACUACAAAAGGAGAUGCUAUAAACGUGUUUGCACAAGUAGGUCCUUUUCCCCUAUCUUUGAUUUCUUUGGGAUACAGAACUAGUAGUUCUGUUGCUGGCUCAAAGAGUAUUCAUAGUUUUAUGGCCCUUUGGGCAUCAUUCCAGUUUGCUCUCCAGAAUUAAUGUAUGAGUUCACAGUUCCACCAACAGUAUAUUAAUUUCCUAGUUUUUACAAAAUCCUCUCUAAAAUUUAUCAUUUUUCCUCUUAGUCACAUUAUCCACUCUGAUAGGUUUAAGGUGGUUAAAUGACUUGUCCAGGGUCACACAGCUAGGAAGUGUCUGAGGCUAGAUUUGAACCCAAAUCUUUCCAUCUCUAGAUUUGACUUUCAAUCCACUGAGACACUUAGCUGGCCCACACCCUUACUUCUAGGUCAUUUAUCAUUUUGAAUUUAUCUUGGUAUAUGGCAUGAGAUGUUGGUCUGUACCUAGUUUCUGCCAUAACUCUUUUCCAAUUUGUAGAGCAGUUUUGGUCAAAUGAUGAAUUCUUCUUCCAAAAGCUUAGAUCUGUGGGUUUAUAAACACUACGUUACCAUGGUCCUUUACUGCUUCAUGAUGAAUGUUAAUGUAUUACAUUGAUCCACUACUCUAUUUCUUGAGCAGUCCCAGCUUGUUUGUACGGUUGCCACUUUAUAAUGCAGCUUGAGGUCUGGUGUAACGGAACCACCUUCCUUCCUAUUUUUUAUCCUCUUGUCAUCCUUGACCUUUUUUCUCCCAGAUCCAUUUUAUUUUAUUUUCCAUCUCAAUGAAAUAAUUUCUGGGUAGCUUGAUUCAGAUGGGACUGAAUGGGUUAAUUCAUUUAGGUAGAAUUAUCAUUUUUAAUACAUGGACUGAGCAUAUUCAUAAAUAAUUGAAGGGUUUCCAAUUGUCUGACUUUAUUUAGAUGAAAAUUCUUUCCCAAUUGUGAUCACAUAGUUCUUGGGCUUGUCUCAGCAGGCAAACUCCCAGGUAUUUAUUAUCUACAUUACAUUACCUACAAUUAUUUUAAGUGAGAUUUCUUUCUCCUCUCUUGCUGUGGAAAUAUACAGGUAGCCUAGAGAAGGGAUGAUGUUUAUGUGGGUUUAUUUCCUAUUUUGUAACUUUGCUAAAGUUAUUGUUUCAAUAAGUUCUUGCUUGGUACUGGAGCAGUCCCUAACUAUACCAUCACAUCAUGUGCAAAGAGGGAUCAUUUUGUUUCCUCGUUACCUAUUCUAAUUCCUUAGAUUUCUCCUUCUAUUCUUAUCGCUGUAGCCAGCACUUCUAGUGCAAUCUUUAAUAGUAGCGGUGAUCCCCUGCAUCUGUGCUUCUCUCCUGAUCUGGAUGGGAAGGUUUCUAGCACAGCCUCAUCACAGAUAACGUCUUCUUGUGCCUUUAGAUGCUCUCCAUCAUUCUGAGGAAUGUUCCAUCAUUCCAGGGUUCUCUGGUGUUCUUUAUAUGAAUGGAUAUAUUUUGCCAAAAGGGUUUUCUGCAAGGAUUAAGGUAAUCCUAUAGUUUCUCUUCAUUUUAUUACUGAUGUGGUCAACUAUGCUGAUAGUUUUCCUAAUAAUGAACUAUCACUGCAUCCCUGGCAGAAAUCCCACUAGUUAUACUGAAUGAUUCUUGUGAUAUAUUGUUGUAAUCUCCUCCCUAAUAUUUUGUUCUAAAUGAUUGCAUUAAAAUUCAUUAGAAAGAUUAGACUAUAUAUUUCUUUCUCUGAUUAUUCUCUUCCUCAGUUAGGUACAAACAUCACAUUAGUGUCAUGAAAACAAUUUGGGGGAGGUCCUUCUUCAGCUAAUCUUCCACAUGGCUGACAUAACAGUAGAAUUCAUUGUUCUGGAAAUGUUUCGUAGAAUUCACUCAGGAACCCAGAUGGCCCUGAAGCUUUUUCCUUUGGGAAUUUAUUGAUGGCUUCGUCCAUUUCUUUUUCUGAGAUGGGCUUUUUUUUAAGCGUUCUAUUUCCUCUUCUGCCAAUCUGGGCAAUUCAUAUUUUUGUCAAUAUCCUUCCAUUUCAUUUCGAUUGUUCGAUUUAUGGCAUAAUUGAGCAGAAGAAAACCAAAUUACCAGCAUCGAAAAUGAAAAGGGGGAAUUCAUAAGCAAUGAAGUAGAAAGUAAAGCUAAUAUUAGGAAUUAGUUUGCCCAACUUUGUGCCAAUAAAUAUGGUGAUUUAAGUAGAAUAGAUGAAUUUUUAAAACAUAUACACAUAUAUUGCCAGAUAAACUGGAACUGAGCUGUUUUCGUGAACAGUAACAUAGUUCCUUAAGACAGCAGAAUUAUGAUGGGAAUUAAAUUUGUUUUGUUAUUAUCCGAAUCUUAGAAUCAUUCCUCCUGAAAACUUUGGUUAACUAAAAAUCUCUCUUCAGUAAUGUUAACCUCACCUGACCCAAACCUGCCCCCAUGAAUGUGAAAGUUUAUUUAAAUGGAGGAGGAUCUCAACUGUCUCUCACUCCUUAGAGAUAAGGAAAUCAUCUCCCUUAAUUAGCCUCUUUGUGAACAUUUUCUUUUUUUUUUUAAACCCUUACCUUCCCUCUUGGAGUCAAAACUGUGUAUUGGCUCCAAGGCAGAAGAGUGGUAAGGGCUAGGCAAUGGGGGUCAAGUGACUUGCCCAGGGUCACACGAACAUUUUCAAUGUAGUUCAUUUGUUAAGUUUUUAAAUUUUCUUACUUUUUCCCCAAAUACAUUUAAUUGUAUAAUUUUGUACAUAUUCAAUUGUUUACAUUAAAAUUUUUUUU